GAAUAAUAUGGCGAUCCGAAACUCUGACGAUAGACAGAGAAUUUAACACUGCUGAAAAAUUGAUUAAUUUGCUAAAAAUUUUAAACGGACGCGCGAAUUGAAAGUAAAUCAAAAAGAAUAACCCCAACAACACAGAACCUCCAGCGAGAGAGUAAAAUGAAUAAUGAUGCGAAAAACCAUGAAAGCGAUGACUUGAAUGUGCGCUCCACAGCGUAUUUUAACCAACAAACCACAACCAAUCAACCGAAAGCACCAGCAACCAGCAAGAAUAACACAGGCUCUGGCUCUGGAUCCAAUAAUAACAAUAACAACACCAAUCAAAACCCCAACAGACAGUUGAAUCAUAAUUUACCCCGAAUCGCUGCCGCCAGACAAUCGAUAGCCGCCGCUCUAUUGAAAAACAGCGGGCGGAAGAUUCUGACGGCCAAGAAUGAGCCACUGACGACGACGGAGUCAUCAGGCGUUUUAACCAACACACCUUUACCCAGCAAUAGCCGAUUGAAAGUUAACAACAACAACAACACCAAUAACACUGCCAAGAUGUCUGGAACUAGUAGCAGUCAGUCCUCGGCCACGCCCACACCGCCCACGGCCAGCAGCAGCACAACCACCACAACAACAACGAACAUCAGCACCGGAGGCGGUGGGAGUGGCAGCAGUGGCGGUGGCGGUGGGAGUACCACGGUCAUUGCCAAUCCCGCAUCGGUAACCAACACCGGAGCUGGAAGUGCCGCCAAGUUCCGUGCCGCCGUGGCCUCGGCGCCCAGCCCAGCACUGCCUGCAACCAACGCUCCUGCAAAUGCAACUGCUGCUGCGGCAAUAGCAGCAAUCGCAACUGCUCCUGCCCCCAGUAGUAGCUCCUCCAGCUCCUCGUCCUCGAAGAAGACUAGAGCAGCAGUGGCCGCCCUGAAGCGACAGGUGGCCUUGCAACAGCAGCAGCCUGUUACCGGUAAUGCACCCAACAUGACCAGCAAGGAUUCGGCGCAUUUGAAAUUCGCCACAACCACUCUGCUGAUGGGCGCCGCCGCAGCUGCCGCCGAUAGCAACGCUGGCGCUGCUCUCGGUGGAUCAGGCGCAGGAGGAUCAGGAUCAUCAUCAUCAGUAGGAGCGGUAGGCGGGGCCAGAAUGGCCCUGAAUCCCGCCGUUGAUAUGGCCAAUGCCGCUGUCCUGCUUAAGCAAAAGCUAAAGGAUGCGGCUGCCGCUGCCUCGGCCUCCGCCUCCAAUCGCUCAGCCACCUCGUCCAUGUCGUCAACCGCCUCCUCGCUGUCUUCGUCGGCGGGCAUCGUGAAUGCCAUUUCCUCGGCGCUGCAGAACAUCAUCACGCCGGAUACGGACACCGACACCGAAUUCUAUCCCCAGCCCGUCACCACAGACCUAUCCGAAUCGGAGGAGGAGUCCGUUUCAGAGAUCCUAUUGGCAUUCUUGUGUUUAAGGCCAGAUCUCCUGGACGAUAUUCCAGAAUCGGAUCCGGAUAGCUGUCCACACGAGGGUGAGGUGCGCGAGGAUGAGGACGAAACGGAGGAAGAGUCGGAAGACUCUGAUGAGUCUGAAGGCGAAGAGGAAGAGGAGGAUGAAGAGGAGAUAGAUGUGCUACAGGACAACGACGCGGACGACGAGGAGAUCGACGAUGAGGACGAGGAAGAGGACGCGCCCGAGGUGAGUUCCUUUCUCCUGGAUGCCAACAACAAGCGUUCCAGCAAUAUCUCCGCUCUGCUCGAGGCCGCGGCCAAUGAGAAGGCUCCUGUCCUGCGCCACGCCACUCACGCCAUCGACGAGACCAAGCAGGCGCUGACAAAGAUGCGCUGCGCCAGCAGUCCCCGCGAUAAGAAUGGAUUCUCCAGAUCCCUAGUGGCUGCCUGCACGGAUAAUGAUGUCAAUACGGUGAAGCGGCUGCUUUGCAAGGGCAACGUGAACCUGAACGACGCCGCCGCCUCCACGGAUGAUGGCGAGUCCCUGCUCUCAAUGGCCUGCUCUGCGGGCUACUACGAAUUGGCUCAGGUUCUCCUGGCCAUGUCUGCCGCCCAGGUGGAGGACAAAGGGCAAAAGGACUCAACGCCUUUAAUGGAAGCUGCAUCCGCCGGUCAUUUGGACAUCGUCAAACUGCUGCUCAACCACAACGCCGAUGUGAACGCCCACUGUGCCACGGGCAACACCCCGCUCAUGUUUGCUUGCGCCGGUGGUCAGGUGGACGUGGUGAAGGUGCUGCUCAAGCACGGCGCCAACGUCGAGGAGCAGAACGAGAACGGACACACUCCCUUGAUGGAAGCAGCUUCCGCCGGCCACGUGGAGGUAGCCAAGGUGCUGCUUGAACAUGGAGCCGGCAUCAACACCCACUCAAAUGAGUUCAAGGAGAGCGCCCUCACUCUAGCCUGCUACAAGGGUCACCUGGAUAUGGUGCGAUUCCUGCUUCAGGCAGGUGCAGAUCAGGAGCACAAAACCGACGAAAUGCACACUGCCCUAAUGGAGGCUUCAAUGGACGGCCAUGUAGAGGUUGCUCGACUGCUGCUGGACUCCGGUGCCCAGGUGAACAUGCCCACGGACUCUUUCGAGUCCCCGCUAACGUUGGCGGCUUGCGGUGGUCAUGUGGAGUUGGCAACACUCUUGAUCGAGAGGGGAGCCAACAUCGAGGAGGUGAACGACGAGGGCUACACCCCGCUCAUGGAGGCCGCUCGCGAGGGACACGAGGAGAUGGUAGCCCUCUUGCUCAGCAAGGGUGCAAACAUCAAUGCCACGACCGAGGAGACCCAGGAGACAGCUUUGACGCUGGCCUGCUGCGGUGGCUUCAUGGAGGUGGCUGCAUUCCUGAUCAAGGAGGGAGCUAAUCUUGAGCUGGGUGCUUCCACGCCCCUAAUGGAAGCCUCUCAGGAGGGACACACCGAUUUGGUAAGCUUCCUGCUGAAGAAGAAGGCAAAUGUUCAUGCAGAGACCCAGACGGGGGAUACUGCCUUGACGCAUGCCUGUGAGAACGGACACACAGAUGCGGCCGGUGUGCUGCUAUCGUAUGGAGCUGAACUAGAGCACGAGUCCGAGGGUGGGCGAACGCCACUAAUGAAAGCCUGUCGUGCCGGACACCUGUGCACUGUCAAGUUCCUCAUUCAAAAGGGCGCUAAUGUCAACAAACAGACCACCAGUAAUGACCACACUGCCUUGUCGUUAGCCUGUGCCGGCGGUCAUCAGUCUGUGGUGGAGCUGCUAUUAAAAAACAACGCCGACCCGUUCCACAAGCUGAAGGACAACAGCACCAUGUUAAUUGAAGCCUCCAAGGGUGGACACACUCGUGUGGUCGAACUGCUUUUCCGCUAUCCGAACAUUUCGCCUACGGAAAACGCAGCGUCUGCGAAUGUUACCCAGGCAGCACCAACCAGCAACCAACCUGGUCCAAAUCAGAUGCGUCAAAAGAUCAUGAAGCAGCAGCUUCAGCAUCAGUUGCAGCAGCUGAACGCUCCCCCUGGCUUGCAUGAGUUGUCUGAGGCGGCACGUGCAUCCAAUCAACAACAUUUCCACCAGCAACAGUUCAGCAGUGCCGGCAACGGAUCCUCCAACAUCGUGGCAAUGGGAACUGGCGACUUUUUGGAUGCCGGAGAACUCCAACUUACUGCUACUGCGGGAAUGAGUGCGGGAGCCGGAACCAGUACCACGGGCAGUGAGACUGGUAUGGAGGAGUAUGGCGAAGUCGGAGGAAUUGACCUGACUACUCUUGGCGCUCAGCAGCAAGAGGGUCUUAUUGCAAAGUCGAGAUUGUUCCAUUUGCAGCAGCAGCAGCAACAACAGCAGCAGCAGCAACAACAGCAGCAGCAGCAGCAACAACAACAACAGCAGCAGCAACAACAACAACAGCAGCCACCUGCAGCUGGCCAGCACCAGUUAGUGCCAUGUAAGCACUUCGACCUGGACAUGGAGCACAUCAAUUCUCUGCAGCCGCCGCAAAAGGCACCGCCCGCUCCACCUGUACUCUUCCACACCGUUUGCCAGCAGCCUGUAAUGCAACAGCAGCAGCAGCAGCUUCAGCCAGGUCAGCUCAAGUUGAAGGCCAUGCUACCCAACCGCAAUCGCGCGUUGAAAACCGCCGAGGUAGUGGAGUUUAUUGACUGCCCGGUGGAUCAACAACAGCCUGGCGAGCAGGUGCGCACGCAGCCUUUGGGUGAGGAUGGAAAGACUCCUCAGUUUGCAUGCGCUGGAGAGGAUCCACGGUUGCAGCGCCGUCGCGGCUUUAUGCCGGAGCUGAAGAAGGGUGAACUGCCGCCGGAGAGCAGCAGCAGUGACCCAAACGAGCUAGCCCUUAAAGGAGCCGACAACAAUCAGCCCGUACCGACAGCACUGGACAAUAGCGCAUGCGCCCAGAUUCCAGCGCGAAACUCUGGCGGAGCAAUAACCCAUUCCUCCGAAGUUCUGCAGAGCACAGCUAUCAGCGACAGGCCAAAGGUAAAGGCAACCAACAAGAACAACCGAAAGCAAGCGGCCGCAGCAGCAGCAGCUGCAGCAGCAGCGGCGGCGGCAGCAGCAGCGGCCGCCCAACACGCCCAGCAAGUGUUGCCGAACCCAAUGGUCUCCAUCUAUAAUAACCUGCACUUGCAGCAUCCGCAUCUCCAGUUUCAGCAGCAACUUCAACUGCAUCACCAGCGAGUAGCUGGACUGGACAAUGCAGCGGCUGCAGCAGCAGCAGCGGCUUCAUCCGCGAACAUGGCCUACUCUAUUUCUCCGGCAUCUCCACUUCCCUCGCCCACUGGCAGCGGCAACUAUGUCGAUCAGCAGCUGCAACAGCAGUCCAUGGAUGUUGCUCUACAGCGCAAGACGGCCAUGGACGAUUUCCGUGGCAUGUUGGAGACGGCGGUAAAUGGUCCAAGGGGCAGAAAAGACCUGGCUCUUAACACACCACAGCUGAACUUCUUCAAGGACGGCUGGCAUAUGGUGGGAGUGCACAAUUUCUUUGGUGAUCAGCCAAAGUCGCCCACUGAAACACCGCCUGAAAUGGAGGAGACUACCAUGUCCUCACCGACCGAAGCAGAUCGUCUCGGAUCGGAGCCUCGGGCCGAGAUGAAGAACUUGGCCACGCUCUGCUCGGCCGCAGCAGCAGCUGCUGCUGUGGCAGCGGUUAACAAGGAUCAGGUUGAGAUUAGUUCGGAUCUUGAGAGCGAAUGCGAGGAUGAUGCAGAAGGUGGUGCUGGGGCAGAUUGCGAGGAAAACACACUGCCGCCGGAGCCAAUUGAAUUGGCGGCCGCUCUAAGGGAGGAUGGCAUAAUUGUGGAGGAAGAAGAGGAUGACGAGGAGGAGGAUGAUGAUGAUGAAGAGCAGGAUACCAACAGCGGUGAGGUCGACAAGCUAAACUAUGAUGACGAAGACGCGGAGGUGGACAACGAUGGUGAAGUAGACUACAUCGACGAAGACGAAGGUGGUGGAGAAGGCGAAGAAGAAGAAGAUGAUGCAGAUGAUGACGAGUUCUUCUUGGACGAGCCUGAUAGCGACCAAGGAACUGGCAACAAUAAUAACAAUUCCAAAAGCGGCGCCAGUUCGUUGCCAUUGAAACAGCGCAAAAUGGCCACUCGGUUGGAAAACCUAAUCCUAAACUCGCAGACAGUGUGCGACUUCCCGCCUGAACUUAGCAACUCGGAACUGGUUCAUGUCCUGCCCCAAAUAAGCAAUCUCAAGGCAGCGGCCAACAGCAACGCGGCUCUGAACAGCGUACUCCAGCAGCAGUUGGCAGCAGCCUCCGCGGCAGCGGCGCACGCCAAAGCGUCUGUAGUCCACCAGAAGCAGCAGCAUGGAGAGGGAGAUCAGCAAUGCGAAGAUGACGGCAGUGCCAGCGCAAGUGAGCUAUAUUCGGGUUUGGAGCACUUUGCCAAUGAUGGCGAAAUGGAGGAUAUAUUCCAGGAAUUGGCAAGUAGCCUAAACUAUCCCGAGCUUGCCGAGUUUAGCCUCAAUCAGAUGUGCAAGGGUCGAUUUGCUGGAAAUUGGGCGCAAUCUUCCGGCAAGUGGACUGGUCAGGAGCAGUUGGUGGGUGUGGUAAGGUCGCCGGGUCUCAUUAACCCAGGCGAUGUUCCGCAGGAUGCCCAGCGACAGGCGAAUCUUGUCCUCCUCGACUAUCCCAUGCAGCAAAACAUCCAACUAGAGCAGCGGCUACUCGAUGCUGAGGAAAUGCACCUGCAGCAACACCAGCAAACACCGCUCUCCUUACUGCCCUUUACGGAUGAGCAGCAGCAGCAGCUUCAUCACCAAGCUUUGUCCAAUGCAUCCGAUUUUCAGCAACACCAACAGCUUGCCCUGGAAAACGAUCCAGAACUAAAGCAGCAGCUUCAGCAGAACUCCAACGCGCGCAUAAUUAAAGCUGUUGCUGCCCAGCAUCAGCAGCAGCCUCCAACCAACUUCGUUUACAACGUGGAAAGCGGCGACAAGAAUGCUCCGCCAGUGCAAUUGCUCUUCCAGUUGCCACCACACAUGGCGCAACAUCAGGCGCAGCAACAGCAGGGCGUUGGAGAGCCUCUUACCGAACAGCAACAGCAGCAGUUACACGCUGAGCAGGCGCAUCUCUUUCAGCAUCGAACUGGCGGUCAGCGUCCGCCCACCCAGAGUGAGUUAGAGCAGGUGGCUCAAGAGCUAUUGCUUCAGCGAAGCGGCCAGGUGCCGGCAGGAGCUCCUGUUGUUGGUGUUCAGGCAAUUCCACUCAAGCAAAAACACUUUAACCUGCAUCCGCCGCCGUGUCCACCCACCUGUGUCCAGCAUCAGGUGGCCACGCAGACGCAUCCUGCUUCUGUUGUAGUGCCGCAGCCUGCUGUAGGAUAUACACAAUUCGCUCUUCAGGCCUCUCAGCAACAGCAAAUGCAACAAAACGAGCUCUCCAUUUGGCCGAUGGCCACGCCUACUCCCGCGCCCAGCAGCGGUGUAAGCUCGACCAAGUCGAUGCCCGGCGGCAUUGCCAAAAAGGCCAUUGACAAGCAGUCGCGCAAGGAACGUCGUUGCGUGGUGCGCCAGACACCAGCAGGCAUUCAAGAGAACACCAAACUCCAUCUACAGCCUCAGGUCGCAACAGCCCAGCAACAAUUUCUAGUGCAGAACCAGUUAGCAGUUGCGACCACCGUGAGUUUGGACAAGACUAUCGAAAUAGAUUCAGAGACGGAAUCCAACCACGACACGGCGCUAACCUUGGCUUGUGCCGGCGGUCAUGAAGAGCUGGUGGAACUGUUGAUCAAUAGGGGAGCAAACAUCGAGCACCGUGAUAAGAAGGGAUUCACACCGCUUAUACUAGCCGCUACCGCUGGCCACGACAAAGUCGUGGACAUUCUGCUCAAGCACAGCGCUGAGUUGGAGGCUCAAUCAGAGCGUACGAAGGAUACACCGUUGUCCCUGGCAUGUUCUGGCGGCCGAUACGAGGUGGUGGAACUUCUGCUUAGCGUUGGUGCCAACAAGGAGCACCGCAAUGUAUCUGAUUACACUCCACUGAGCUUGGCAGCCAGUGGGGGCUAUGUGAACAUCAUUAAACUGUUGCUUAGCCAUGGAGCAGAGAUCAAUUCGCGAACGGGCAGCAAACUGGGCAUUUCACCGCUUAUGCUAGCCGCUAUGAAUGGUCAUACGCCGGCGGUUAAGUUGCUUUUAGAUCAGGGAUCGGACAUAAAUGCCCAGAUCGAGACGAAUCGCAAUACGGCCUUGACUUUGGCUUGCUUCCAGGGCAGACACGAGGUCGUAAGUCUGCUGCUUGACCGACGGGCCAAUGUGGAGCAUCGAGCUAAGACGGGCCUGACCCCACUCAUGGAAGCCGCGUCAGGCGGUUACAUAGAGGUUGGUCGCGUUCUGCUGGACAAGGGUGCGGAUGUGAAUGCUGCUCCGGUGCCGACGUCCAGGGAUACGGCUCUAACAAUUGCCGCCGACAAGGGCCAUCAAAAGUUCGUGGAGCUCCUGCUAUCUCGUAAUGCCAGCGUAGAGGUAAAAAAUAAGAAGGGUAACUCCCCACUCUGGCUGGCUGCCCAUGGUGGUCACCUGAGUGUGGUUGAGCUUUUGUACGACCAUAAUGCUGACAUUGACUCACAGGAUAAUCGACGUGUUUCCUGUCUGAUGGCUGCCUUCCGCAAGGGGCACACCAAGAUUGUGAAGUGGAUGGUGCAGUAUGUGUCCCAGUUUCCCUCUGACCAGGAGAUGAUUCGCUUCAUUGGUACCAUAAGUGACAAGGAGCUGAUAGACAAGUGUUUUGACUGCAUGAAGAUCCUGCGUAGCGCCAAAGAGGCCCAGGCCGUCAAGGCCAAUAAGAAUGCUUCGAUCCUUUUGGAGGAGCUGGAUUUGGAGCGGACUCGCGAAGAGAGCCGCAAAGCUGCCGCCGCCCGUCGUCGUGAGCGCAAGAAGAAGAAGAAGAUGGAGAAGAAAGAGGAGAAGCGCCGUCAACAACAGGGCAAUGGGCCUGGCGGAGACGAUAUGCAAGGCGAUGACGAUGACGCCAGUGACAAGGAUGAUGAUUCCGACAAGGACGAUGAAGACGAGGAGGCAGCGCCGGCCGCCGCCCGCGAGGAGGGAGACUCUGGCAUCGAUCAGGGCUCGUGCUCCAGCGGAGACACCAAAGGUGCGCGCUUCGGUGGCAGUCAGUCCGCUCAGGCUGCGGAAGCGGCAGCCAAUUCCGUGUCCACCAACAGUCAGGGAAAGAAGAACAAGAAGCAGGCGAAAAACAAGGUGUUGAUAUCGGUGGAACCAACUCAACCAGUAAUCACAUCGAACUCCGUCCUCAAGGGCGUCUGUGCGAAGAAGCAUCCCGCAGUGGAAGUUGUAAAGCAACCUCCUGCCACACAACAGGCUGCUCCUCUUAAGCGGCAACUCGAUGUAAAGAAGGAGGAACCUGCGCUCAAAAAGAAGGAAGAGAAAAACAGCUCGUCCAGCAGCAGCAGCAAGCGUGAGAAAGAGAAUCUUGCGCCCAAGGAGGUUGCACUGCCAGCCAAGCAGCAGCCCAGUAGCUCCAGCAAACUGCAGAGCAGCGAGUCUGCGAGCAACAUAAACAGCAGCACCGCUACCAACACCAGUAGCGCCAAUACUACUCGGAAGGAAGUUGCAAAGCCAGCGUCACAAACUGCGAGUGCCACCACUUUGAAUCCUGCAAAGCGCACCGAAGUCGAUGGCUGGAAGGAAGUAGUCCGCAAAAGUAGCGCCCAGCAGACCACAGCGGUGGGAGCGAGUGGAGCCCCACUGCCUGUCACAGCCACCAGUUCGGCCACCAGUGUGCAACAUCAUCCGCACCACCACCUAGCCAACAGCUCCAGCAACAGCUCAAGCUCCCUGACCACCAGCACUACUACAGCAGCGUCUUCGGUUCCCGAGAUGACGUGCAAGAAGGUGCAAGUGCCCGUAAAUGCCAUCUCCAGGGUUAUUGGACGAGGUGGAAGCAACAUUAACGCCAUUCGGGCCACCACUGGUGCUCACAUCGAGGUGGAGAAGCAGGGCAAGAACCAAUCAGAGCGUUGCAUCACGAUCAAGGGCUUAACCGAUGCUACAAAACAGGCACAUAUGCUCAUUUUGGCACUAAUCAAGGAUCCCGAUGUGGACAUAUUGCAAAUGCUGCCCAGGAUUAACAGCAGUAUUAAGCAGGCGUCUAGUGGCGGAGCAAGCACCCCGAUGUCCGUGGGAACUUGGGACAAUCGCACCGCUGCCGGUGUGAAUGCGUAUACCUUUUCUUCUGCCGCGUCCACCACCUCCACAUCCUCCAGCUCGUCAGCUAGCUCUACUACACCAGCGGGAGCUUCGUACAGCAAUGCGCACAAGCAGCACCAACAGCAGCCGCAGUCAGUGAAGGGCCCAAGUGGACGGUCAUCAACGUCGGUCAAGUCUAAUGGCAGUAGCACCAAGGUAUCGGCUUCGAGUGGAUCGGGUUCCCGGAGCGGCAGGGCUGGCAGUAGCUAUCUUGCCCAACAGCAGCCUGGUCGCAGCUCUGGAGGUGGCUCUUCAAAUGGCGUGAUCAAGAGCAAGUCAGAAAGCUCUUCCAAAUCCCUGCCAGCUGCACAAAAGAGCAGUACCACUUUGGGUAAAUCAUCGACUGUGUCACCGGGUGCACAGAAUUUCGCAAAGGCAGCGGCUAUUGGACAGUCCUCGCCCAAAAAGGCUGAGGGUGGUGCUACAUCUGCGGUGGUCACCUCUGCCGGUGGACGCAGCAGUGGCGUGGUGGCUCCAUUUGGACGUGGCAAGCCUGUAGCUGGCCAAGGAGGACCUGCAGCAACGGCGGCUUCCAACGUUGCCCAGCUGGGAAGUGUGAGUGGCAACAGCAACAUAUUGGCUGGACCAAUUGGCACCUUUAAUGUAGCGGAUGUGGCUGCUGUGAAUGCAGCCGCGGCAGCAGGAGCAGCAGCAGCUACCAACAGCAAUGUGAAACCCAUUGCUCCCAUUGCACCGCCCAGUAAGCGAGUUGGAUCUCCCACCCAAGUCCAGCAACAGCAUCAAACACAGCAGCAGCAACAACAGCAACUACCCCAGCCCGCACCAGUUCCUGGCCCACAGCCACAACAACAGCCGCUUCAGCAGCAGCAACAACAACAAGCUCCUCAGCAGCAGCCACAACAGCCAAACCAGCAACAGCAACCACAGACGUCCCAGCAAAAUCUCGUGAUCAAUACAAACCUACUGAACGAUCUGAUGGCCGCCAGUGCAGCAAACACCACCAGCGAUAGCUUCAGUGCCCAGCUAGCAGCCAAGUUGUCUAGCGCAUAUUCCCUGUUCAGUGACUACCAGCAGUCGCAGUGGGGCAAGUUGGGUGAUCCAGGCAUCGGCGGUGGAGCAGGAGCUGUUGGCGAUGGUCUGCCGCAAGCGGAUGCUUCCAAGGCACCAGGAUACAAUCGCAACAUCCUUAGCUCGCCCGUUGGCAGUUCCAAGGCCUCGUCGAAUCACUCCACCUCGCCUCCUGUGGGUAAUGUGAUCCAACAGCAGCAGCAGCAGCAACCGCAAUCUAGCCAACAAGCUCUCAACAUUAUCACCAGUGGACCAGGAGGGCCUGCUACAGCACCAGCCAGAUCACCGAUGGUGUCCGCCAACGAGGGCAAUCCCGCUGUGGGUCAACCCUCCAUGAAUGGAACCCAAGGAUUGGGUGAGACGGCUCCUGCUCAUUCACCAGGCGUUAUCAAACCGCCCACGGCCACAGUUCCCAUCCAGCGUCAUGUGCCCAUGCCGAUCUCUGCGCCGGAGGCCGGAGCACCGCCCACAUUUGGAGCGAUUGGUUCCAACCCAGCUAGCGGUAACAAUUCUGCGGCUGCCCAAGCCGCAGCUGCCGCCGCCGCCUCGGCGAUGAUCGAUCGUCAGCAGCAGAAUUUGCAGAAUCUGCAGACUUUGCAAAAUUUGCAAAGGAUGGUGGGAGCCUCGCAGCAGCAGCAGCCACAACAGCAGCUGAACUAUCCAAUGGACCCCACAUCGUCGUUCAUCGUGGAUGCUAAUAACGUACUGCGCCUGAAUCCACGCGUCAUCUUUCCGCAAGGCAACACCAAGCCACCGCAGCCACCGCCGCAGGGUGGAACGCAGUCGAAUGUGUUUGGAGGAAAUCCAGGCAGACAACCACCUGGAACGGGUGCCAGACAGCCAGGAGGAGCAGCUGCACAGCGUUGGUAUGGCGGCACUCUGGAGUAUCCUUCAUACACGGGCCGUGAUAUGCUGCACCUGGAGAAUGGUGCCGGCGGAAUGGCGGGUAUGGGCUCACCAUCUGCCAUGUCGCCCAACCACGACGACAUUCGCAAGAUGCCGCGCCCCAUAGGCACUGAGCGAGCCGCAUCAUGGAAGUACAACAACUUUAACGUUGGAGGCCCGUCACUUAACAUGGAAGAUGCUCUAGCCAGUGUGUUGCCCCCAUGGGCACAUGAGCUUAAGGCUCAGCCUCCAGGUUUGCAGCAGCCGCCUCCUCCGCCGCAGUCGCAGCAGCAACAGCAACAACCGCUCAACUGGCUAAAGCAGCAGCCGCAGCAGCAGCAGUACAGGGCCUACAACAACGGACCCUAUCCGCAGCAGCAGCAGCAGCAUGAGCCAAUGAAUAUGCCCAUGGACUACCACAACAUGCAGGCACCUCCAAAUAUGAGCCAGCAGCAGCAGCAGCACGUCAACUUGAUGCCCUCCUACGGCUACCAGCAUUUUGUGGGCGCUCCUGGAGCCGUUGACAUCUCCGCACAUAUGCCGGACAAGAUGGAGGUGUGGGAUCACCACGAUAAACACAUGCCCUGGACCAACUAUACCACCAACUGGUCCAACUGAUGUGCCAGCGAAACUCAGAUGGAGGAUCUCUUCGAUGCCUGAAUUGAGCAGCUCGUACUGAGAGAACUUCUGCAAACAAAUUACCAGGACCUAGCAGAAACGUCAACAUCAAUAGCAUCUCACUGAUUUGAACAUGCAAAGCGAAAUAAUAUUUUUUGAAUUUGUACAAUUACUAUUCGGAUUCUCGGCUUCUUCUCCGCAAUCCUAAAUCUUCUAACUGCCUGUCAACUUUCGUGGAAACCAACUAACAGCAACAGCUAGAUGGAAAAUUGCUACAUGGCUUUGUUCUUUAGUUUAACAAUAUAAAAACGUUUGAAUUCGGGUAAUUAUUUAACUUCGCAGGCAAUACGUGAAUUUUAACCGCAAACAUAUAAACAUAAUAACGCUAAAGAAAUGCAAAAUGAUAAAAAAAAGCAAAAUGCUAGAAGAAAACAUGUUUGAAACUGGUGCCCAGGCAACUGGGUCCAAUAUAUAUUAUUUAUUUUUAAAUGUAUUGAUAUUUUUUGAAGAAGCAUGAAGUUAGUGGUAGCUUUUUGUGUGUUGAGCUAUAGGGAAAACGAAACGAAAAGUAAAUCUUCUACACACACACACACACAUAUAUACAAGCACUAACCCCUCUCCCGCACACAACACACACACAAACCCACACACCCGCAUAUACACAAAUACAUUUACGUUAGGAUAAAAGUCAGUCUUAUGAAUGAAACAUUAAAUUGAAAUGUUUAGCGCCAGCUAAAGUUAAAAUACACACAAACUUUUAUUACAACACUUAUACAUAAAUACAUCUAUAUAUAUAUUUAAUAACAUUAAUAAAGGCAACAAAUGAAUGUCGAAACUGUAAAUUCAAGGCGCGCACUAUUCUCUAUAUCCCCAGUUUUUCCCCGAUAAAAUCCAAACCCCAAACUAAACUAAACUAAACAACAAGAAGCUAACAAACUGGAAACUAGAACAAAGCUAUGAAAACGCAUAUGCAUACGCUAUGAAUCGCAAAAAAAAGUACGAAACGAAAAACCACAGCCGACAGAUAAUUACUUAAUUCAACAUAUAACGUAUACAUACCGCAAACUACUCCCAAACUCAAAGAUACUACCAAACCAACCAAUACGAACGAAACAUCCGAGGCGGAGCUGCUACAGAGCUUGGUGUUCUUUGCCAGAAGUGAAUGGUGUGGUCGAUACCCCGAAAAAUGUAGUUAGUAGAAAUUGAAAUUGCUUAAUUAACUAAGUAAAACAUCAAUAACAUAAUGGUCGAGUAACGUUUUAAUAUUCCAUUUACGAGAACUAAACGAUAUACGAUACGAUGAUGAUGAUUAAGAUGACGAGGCGACGAAGCGGCGCGCUUGCUUGCCAUCUUUGAUGCUUUUCCGACACUGCUCAUAGACGUACAUAAAAUAUAUACCUAUCUAAAAUAUAUACUAGCGAAUAGCAUAUAUGAGAUACACGAACUUUUAUUUCGAUCACCCGAUGAACGCGAGCGGAACGUGAAACUAACGAAGAUAUGUAAAAACACUUGAUAAACCUUAACAAAAACCCUUCUUGCCUGAUCCUCCAGUCGGCACGAGUGAAAUCCGAAGCCCGGGACACCAGUCAAAGGUGUGGGGGGGUCGUCAUGCAAUUGCUUUGUAAAAUUCUAGAGGAGAACGAUAAUGUUGCUUGAGAUGAUGAUAUAUAAUGCUUAGAGAACCCACGCAUAAUCUAAUGACACACAGAAACACAACAAAUUCGAUGGUUAUUGCAAGAUAUACUUUAUCGAUGAUAAUGAUGAAUAUGAAAAUACGAAAUAAAUGAUAAUAUAAGUGAAGCAUGAAACUACUUUUUUUCUAUUUUUCAAUGUUUUAGCUGCAAGCAAAUAAUGUAAUGAGAAUGUGGAGAUGUUUGUUUAAGUUAUUUGAUACAACAAAUUACGAGAAAUAUAUAUACCACAUACACAAACACCUAAACCCAAACACAUGCCCGAUAUGCCCGACAGGAAGUUUAUUCGAUUUUGUUGAUUAACAAAAAGAUACAACCGAAUAUCUGAGGACAUACAGCCGUUAUGAGAUGAUUGAUUAUGAGAUCCUUGAUUGAAACGCAAACAAAACGAUGGGAAUAAAAAUGAAAAAUACAAAAGCAUACUGAAUAAAUAUAGAAUUUUUUUCAAGCGAAAGAAAUUAAAUUCACAUAGAUUUAUUAAUUUAAAAAUUAAUAUAAAUAUACUUCAAAUAUGAAAAGUAUGAAAACAAAAAAAAAAAAUGC